AUGUCCAAGGAAAAUUACCCAAGGAUCUCCAACUCUACUAUUGUGACUGAAUUCCUGCUUAUGAGAUUUUCUGAUGUAUGGGAGUUUCGAGUCUUGCACACUGUGCUAUUCUUACUGAUGUACUUGGCAACCCUAAUGGGAAACCUUCUCAUUGUCACUGUGACCAUAUUUGAUCAAAAUCUUCACACACCCAUGUAUUUCUUCCUUAGGAAUUUAUCUAUUCUAGACAUGUGCUACAUUUCUGUCACUGUACCCAAAGCGUGCCUCAUCUUCCUGCUGGACAACACAUCAAUCUCCAUAGUUGGAUGUGCACUUCAGGUUUUCCUGGUGCUCUUACUUGCUUUUGCAGAGCUUCUGUUUCUCACCAUCAUGGCCCAUGACCGUUAUGUGGCCAUCUGCAAGCCCCUGCACUACCCAGUGAUCAUGAACCCUCAAGUCUGUGGUCACAUGACACUGGCCUCUAUACUUGCUGGUGUGGUCUACUCAGGAUUGCACACAGGCAACACAUUCCGUCUGUCCUUCUGUCAGUCCAACUUGAUACACCAGUUUUUCUGUGACAUUCCCUCUCUGCUGAAGCUCUCCUGUUCUGACACCUUCAGCAAUGAAAUUGCAAUUUUUAUUCCUGCCUUGUUGCUUUCUGGUGGCUGCUUUGCCUUCAUUACCACAUCUUACAUUCGCAUAUUUUCUACUGUGCUAAAGUGUCCAACCAGAAGAGAACGAGGAAAGGCUUUUUCCACGUGUGUCCCUCACAUCCUCGUGUUAACGAUCUUUGUCAGCUCAGCUGCUGCUGUGUAUUUGAAACCCACAUCCUACUCAUCUGACUAUCAGGACAUGAUCACUUCUGUAUUCUAUAGUAUUGUCCCUCCUUUCUUAAACCCUAUUAUCUAUAGUCUUCGAAACCAUCAGAUAAAAGAGGCCAUAAUGAAAAUUACGACAAUGGUUUUUAAAGAAGUUAUAUGA